AUGGAUCAUGAAGAUCCUUACACUCAUCUAUCUACUUUCUAUGAACUCAUUGGUACUAUGGGCGUUCCUGAAGAGGAUGAAGAAGCGGUGUAUCUACAAUUGUUUCCUUUUUCUUUGACAGGUAAAGCCAAGACAUGGUUGCAAGCCCACCCAAAUCAGAGUUUGACCAGAUGGGAAGAUGUAAAGCGAAAGUUUCUAGCUAGAUUCUUUCCUCCGUCCAGAUAUAUAAGUGUCAAAUCAACAAUUGCAACUUUCUCUCAAGGCACUAAUGAACCUCUCUGUGAAGCUUGGGAGAGAUAUAAAUCCUUAUUGAGAAAAUGCCCAAAUCACGGAUUUGAUGAUGUUGCACAGCUCAACAUGUUCUGUAAUGGGUUAAGGCCACAAACAAAAAUGUUAUUGGAUGCUUCUGCAGGUGGCUCUACGAUGAUGAAGGAUUCCGAGGAAGCAAUCACUAUCAUUGAUGCUUUGGCAACCAGUUAUUAUCAAGCUCACCAUGAUAGAAGCCAGCCCACAAAAAGAGAAAUUCUGGAACUGGAUACUCAAAAUGCAAUACUAGCUCAGAAUAAACUUCUUUCUCAGCAAAUGGAAGAAUUAAAGAAACAAAUGUCCAAGCUUCAAGUGGGAUCAUCUUCACGCCCUCAGCAGGUAAUGAGAUGUGAUUUUUGUGCAGGUGAUCAUCCAAAUGGACAUUGCACCAUUACUGAACCAGACCAGGAGGAGGAAGUGAAUUACAUGAAUAAUCCAGGAAGGCAAGGGAAUUUCUCUAGCAAUUACAAUCAGAAUCAAGAUUGGAGGAACAAUCAAAAUCAGUAUUUUGGUUGGAAGCAAGAAGCAGGGCCAUCACAAAGGCAACCUCCGCAGAAGCCAUAUCAAAAUCAACCUUCUUAUCAGCCAGACAGGAGAGGCACUGUGAUAGGAAGGGGGAUAGGUGAUAAUCUGAGAGAAAAUAAAGAUGAACAAGAUAAAGAAAAAAGUGAAGUUGAGCUUGAAAGUGAGAAAGAGGUGGAGUUGAAUAAAGAGGCAGGAAAAAUAGAAAAUGACAAAAAAAAGAGUGAAAAAAAUGAGAGGAGAGAUGGAGAUGUGAGGGAGGAGAGUAAGAAGAAAGGGGGGAAAGAGGUUAAUAGGCCUCCUCCUAUGAAGAAUCUACCUUAUUGA